AGCGAUGGGAAGCAAUGAAAACAGGACAUAGGCACUAUACAGUCAAAGCAUUAAUUGAUACAUCAUCUAGCGCAAAUAAAAUUAGCAGAAGCAUAGCCAAUAGGCUUGGAAGAAAAUAUGGGAAAGAUAGACUGCUCGCUGGUAGUGACGAAACUUUUAAUGAUUUUGAGGUUAUCAAAAAGCCAUGCAAAGCGCCUCACGGCUGUGUCGAUCUUGUAUUAGGCUUACCAUGGCUACGACUUCGUGAAGCAAAAAUUGAUAUAUGGAAAGAAGGGAUAAAGAUCUAUGGCAAUUUUAUACCAUUUUGCAAGGCUACCAGCUUUGAAAAACCUGGGAAUAAGAAGGUGAAAUCCAACAAUAAGAAGGCGAAACCUAGAAGGAACCCAACCCGAGCUUGUAGAAAAAUUAAAUCCGUCGGUCUAUCUAGUAAUGGGUAG